AUGGCAAGAGGCUCCUACCGUAUUGCGCAGUCCAAGGAUGAACCUAGCAUGAUUGCGGUGUCGUGGAUGGACAACCGUCCCGUACACUUCAUCGCCACUGGAUGUAGCACCGAACCAGCAACUCUGUCGAGGCGUGAGGGCUCCGCAGUUGUUGAUGUCCCAGCACCUCGUCUUGUGAAGGAGUAUCAGGACGGCAUGGGAGGAGCAGACGUACACGAUCAGUUGCGGUUACAGAGAUACUCAAUUCAGGGCGCCAUGAAAAUGCGGAAAUAUUACCACACCAUCUUUCUUGGACUUGUUGACAUGGCUCUGAUCAACGCUUUUAUCAUCUUUCGUCGCGUGCAAGGUGAUCGUACAACUGGUCCAGCUCAACCAACCCAUGCGCAUUUUAUGCGAGUAAUGCAGAUGUCGCUGCUGGCUGUCGGUGCAUCCGACUUUGAAGGUGACUUAUCGGUUCGCGCGCUCACUGACACGCCUGUACCCCCGUCCCCGACACCGAGAUACAGACUAUCGACAAGUCAUUCAACGAAGCAAGUCGAAGUGUACCGUACGACGCGGGGAAAGAACGGCAAGGAGUCGAGAAAGCGUCGACAGUACGCCUGCAAGGUCUGCUCAUUACUGCGACCGGCCAAGAAUCCGUGGGAAACUACCUUCUAUUGCUUCGAGUGUACCGAGGCAAGAUUGGCGGGGACACCCGAUGACAGUUCAAGUGCUAAGGGCAAGAUCUAUCUCUGUCAAAAGGUGCGACAGCACGAUCCGACUGCGGCGACAAACUCGGCCACCUGCAGCCAAAUUUGGCACGAGCUUUGGGGAGGUGGCGCUAACAUUCCACCUGGGCUCAAGUCGAUCAGGCUGCGUGCUCCAGUAGACCAAGGAGCACAGGCAUCCGACGGACACGACGAUGUUUCCAGUGUUAGCUCGGGUGCCAGGUCGGGUAGUGAUGGAGGAUCGCCAGCUGAGGGUAUUGUGGAGCCCGCAGUGAUCUAA